AGUGGCUGUCAAACCGUGCGCCACACGCGUUUUCCACGCUUUUUUGUAACCACCCGGAACGAGUUCGGAAAGUGCGUGCGGAAAAUGGUGAUUAAAGAACAAAAUACUCCCGCUACGGUGGAGGAAACGAACUCCGCCAUGGACGACACAUUCGGCUGCGGGGACACGGGCGAGACACCGGCCAAAACACACAUCAUCUCGCAGGAAAUCAAGUUCGCCCGUGCACUGGCCGGUAACGAUGCGAAGUUACGGCGGAAGGUGCUGAAGAAUCUGGAAACAUGGCUUACUACCCGCAGCCAAAGUACCUUCGUAUUCAGCGAUGCCGACUUUCUGCGCCUCUGGAAGGGUCUGUUUUACUGCAUGUGGAUGUCGGAUAAACCGCUGGUGCAGGAAGAGCUGGCCGAAUCGCUUGGUGCGCUGGUGCGCUGCUUUCAACACGACGUUCCGGUGGCGUUACAGUUUUUCAAAGCCUUCAUCGUGACCAUGGGCAUCGAAUGGUUCGGUAUCGAUCGCUGGCGUACGGACAAAUUCAUGAUGCUUGUACGUCGUGUGACACGCCAGAUGCUCUUUUUGCUGCACGAAACCAACUGGCAAACGGAACACGUCGCACUGUUCGUGAAAGUGAUCGAGGCCACAAUACUGGACAGUGAGGUAUCACCGUUCGGUCUCUUGAAUCAUUUCAACGAUUUGCUGCUGGAAGAGGUGGCCAAAGUGAGCGACGGUGACGUUCCCAAGGGUGUCGUUACUCAGCUGCUGGAACCAUACGUUCGCUUUCUGAUGCAGUGCUCGGACAAAACGGUCGGAUCGGCGACCACGACCAACAUCUUCCACGCUCUGUUCCGACAGUCCGAGCUGGGACAAGCGUUCGAGGAAAAAUUUGAACUGUGGAAGCAAACCGGAUUCAUUCAUGGACACAUCGACAAGGUACAGUUUGAUGUGCAGUAUGAGUACGAGAACGAAGACGGCGAAGAAGAUGAUGGGGAAGAGGCGAGCGAAGAAAAGGAGGAUGACGGCGAUGAUGAUAAUGAUGAUGAAGGAGAUGAAUCUUCGUCGAAAAAGCAGAAGGUUUACGAUCCACGUGCAGGACGAGUGAGUGUGACCAUACCGGAGAUUGAGUUUGAUUGCGAGGAAAUCAUUUCGCUGUUCGAAAAGUAUCGCUACAAAUCCUUUUGUACGACUAUCGGCAAGAAGAGUGCCACACUGUUGGUGAAACAGUUUAAAAAGUUUGCGGACGGCAUUUACCCGCUCGGUAUUCAGCGUAUGCCGAGCAUUAAUCCUCGCAACUAUCGCGUGGACAUUGACGAGCAGGUGGAAGAUUUAGAAGAGUUCCGUCGGGAACUGUACGGUGACCAGAAGGCCAUUAACUGGAAAGAGAGAAAACGCGAGGUACGGUUACAGAAAAAGUUGGCUCGCGAACAGCAACGGAAGGCUGGUGGCGGUGCAGACGGAACCGAUGGAACUGAGACAGAACAGGAGCGUGGCGACUCGGAAACCUCGGCCGAACCGAGUACCGCGAUUGUGAAGAAGAAAAAGUCCAAGAAAAGGAAGCUCAAUCCGACGGAGCUAAAGAAACAGCAAAAAAUGGAGCUGCUGAAACGCAAAAAAGAGGAAAAGAUGAAACUGCUCAAGGAACGGUUACAAGCAAAGAAAAACACCACAAACGAAACUGUGGCUCGCAAGGUGGAAAACCAUAGUGGCCAUGCCGUGGAUGAGAAAAUAGCGAAGAUAUCCUCUAAAAAGAAACUUGAUAUGUCCUCCGAAUCACUCGCCAAAUCACCAACCGAGAUUCAGCCAUCAUCUACCGCAGGGCAAGCUGUAAAACAAGUCAAUAGUGGCAAGAAAACCGGCAGCAAAAAUGGUAACAAACAACCCUUUCAAACCGUCGAUGAGUGGUCACAACCACCGAAAGAUGGCGAGGAAGAGUACUUCAUUCCAUCGCGUAAACUGAAGAAAGCCUCAAAAUUGAACACAUCGCCAGUAGUAUCUUCAACUUCCACAAGUUUUGGCACUCCGAUUGUUGAUGCUGGUGAACGGAAGAAGGGUUCUCUUAAACGAACACCCCCCACCGCACAGCAGGGCAGCGGUUCCACUCAGGAUGAUAUCGAUCCGGUGACGCCGGCUCGGAAGCGCGUUAAGAUUGCACUGAACAAGAAUGUCGCGCAGGAACUGGCGGAACACGUAAAACAAGUCAAAAGUUCACCGCAAAUGCCAUUCGAUUCAGCGAAGAAACCAUCAAAAAGUCUGCUGAAGCCGAACCUCAUACCAAGCCCCGUGAAUCCAUUCUACAAGAAGAAAAUUGGCCUCAAGUGAACACGGAAGCAGAGGCACGAUGCAAGGUCAGAGAUGCAAGGGUACUUUGUAAAAUAAAAUUUCGUGUUUUUCCCUCAAUAAACCAUUUGAUGAAACCAGACUACUAGACGAUGUGUUUUACGAUUGC